GACGGUAUACUGGCAACUGCUGUUUUCUCAAGUGAACACGCACAUAUGUCGCCCUUUGGCAGAGCAUAUUCUUUCAUUCUCAUUACACCAACCACAUACACUAGACAAUUAAUGAUUACACACAGUCAUGGUAAGUUACUGUCCAAUCUGUGGGAAGCCUGUCUAUUUUGGUGAGAAGAAGAGGUCUUUAGGAAGAGAUUAUCAUCCACUCUGUCUGAAAUGUCAAAAAUGUAGAAGACAGCUCACAGCUGGACAACAUGCUGAGUAUGAUGAGAAGCCAUAUUGUUCAUACUGCUACAUGAAGAUGUUUGGUCCAAGAGGUAACAGGUGAGGAGCAGAAAUAGUCUGAACUCAACUGGACUGAGUGAACUGAUUUACCAUUAUUGACUGACAAGGAGAGGAGAGAAAAUAAGAAUGAUGUACUAAACUGUAUCAAUGUAUUCAAUUUAAAGGCUGAAAAACACAUGUGUGAAUUAUUCAUUCAGACACUUUUAAUAAAUGCAUUUUUAGAUAUU